UAUUCUCAAAUGCGGGACGAAGUAUUCAAAUCAAACUUGGUGUGCGCAUUUAUUGUUCUUGUAUUUAUCACCGCUAUCCAAAGCUUACUUCCUUCUUCCAGGGUGAUACCAAUGGUCAUUCAGUUUUCUAUUCUGAUUAUGCUGCACUCUGCUCUUGUGCUAAUCACUACGGCAGAGGAUUACAAAUGUUUACCCCUAAUGCUCCGGAAAACUUGCUGCUGGAUUAAUGAGACCUACCUGGCCAGGAAUGUCAUUAUAUUUGCAUCCAUUCUGAUUAAUUUUCUUGGAGCCAUCAUCAAUAUUCUAUGGUGUGAUUUUGACAAACCAGUCACCCUGAAGAACCAGACGUUCAAUUCAUCUGCAUCUUUUACGGACAUCUGUUCCUAUCCAGAGUAUUUUGUCUUCACUGGUGUGCUGGCAAUGGUGACUUGUGCAGUCUUUCUUCGUCUCAACUCUGUCCUGAAGCUGGCAGUACUUCUCAUCAUGAUUGCGAUCUAUUCUCUGCUGACUGAGACCAUUUAUGCUUCCCUUUUUCUGCAAUAUGACAACUUUAACCACAAUGGAGACACAGACUUCCUGGGUACAAAGGAGGCAUCUUUACUACUGAUGGCAAUGUUCCUUUUAGCCGUAUUUUAUCAUGGUCAACAGCUUGAAUACACAGCAAGGCUGGAUUUUCUUUGGCGUGUUCAAGCAAAAGAAGAAAUCAAUGAAAUGAAGGAGUUAAGGGAGCACAAUGAAAAUAUGCUACGGAAUAUUUUACCCAGUCACGUUGCCCGUCACUUCCUGGAGAAGGAUCGGGAUAAUGAAGAAUUAUACUCCCAGUCCUAUGAUGCUGUUGGUGUGAUGUUUGCUUCUAUUCCUGGAUUUGCUGACUUCUAUUCCCAGACAGAGAUGAAUAACCAAGGAGUAGAAUGUCUGCGCUUGCUGAACGAAAUCAUUGCAGACUUUGAUGAG